UGACAUUUAAGUAAUAAUUGUUUGUUUUUUUUCUAAUUUGCAUAUUGUGGUAUAAACUCUAUAAAACUUGUUAUAUCCUUAAAAAAACCUCAUCAUGAAAUCAAAUAACAUAACUAAAACCAGAAUCGUACAACAAUUAGAGAUAUAAUUGUUACGUCAUUGAAUUAGAAUGUUUAUAAAUAAACGAGAAGACCAACCAUCAACAUCUCAUGGUCACAGAAUGUCAUAUCUAAAUGUUUUCCUGAAAACAGAAUUAACAUGUAUACCAAGUAUAUUAAGUAAGUGUCUAGGAGAUUAUUACAAUAAUGCUUUAUGUAAUGGAGCAACAUGGGUAUUUGCUUUCUGGUGGAUUCUACAUAUGGGCUUUAAUAAGUGUCUUAAUGCUCUAUUCAAGAGAUUGAAAUUCAAACAAUUUGAACGUGAUAGACUGAUUAAUACUCUAUGGUAUUUAGGAUUUUAUGGUACAGGUCUAGCAUACUGUGGAGCAGCUCUUUCUCAAAACGAAGUGGAACUGUUCAACUUUAAAAAUAUGCACGUACCUACUAAUAACAACCUUCCAACUCAAGUUGUACUUGGGUAUACUUUGAUCUUGACUUUUUAUUUACAUACAAGUAUCUGGGAAGGUAUCACCAAAGCACGUGUUGUGAAUAUGCUUGCUUAUUUGUUUCUGUUUUUGUUUAUUCUAUCUUCAUAUAUUUUGAGAGUCGUGGAAAUAUCCUUUUCGCUUUCUGCUUUGAUCAGUAUUGCACAAGUGGUUGUACAGAUCACAAGGGGUCUUUUUGUGAUUUUGGAUCAGAAAUCCUUUUAUUAUAAGUUGUUUAUAGCUGCAUUGUUUGUCGUAACGUUUGCUAUACAUGUAGCCGUUUAUUUCAUUGUGAUACCACUGACUUUUAUAGUACCACUUGGUAUAAGGAUUCUAUCGGAUUAUCCCAACAUUCUUUUACUGUUUUUGUUCUUUAAUCUACUGGGAUGGAUGAUUAGUGAAAUAUACCAGUCAGUGAUCUUUAAGUUUGCAUAUCAUUGGUUAUACCACAGUCCGGACUCUAAGCGAAAAGAUAGCAUCAGCAGUAACGAGAGCUAUGAACCCUUGGAUAAAAUCCAAAGAUGCUCGAUAAGUUUGAUAGAAUGUAGCCUAUUUUUACCAAGAGACGAUCUCGCUUUUGAAAUACAAAGAGUGCGAAGAGAAAUUCAAGAACGACAAAGCAAGUUAAUGGCUCUGAGGAAACCGAAGAACAUGUUUGUCCAAACGCUUAAAUGUAUGCUUACAAUAAACAAGAAAAUUAAAGAAAGACGUCGACGAUCAGAAUCUGAAAGUUCUGACAAUACCGAAGAUUUCCAAGAGGACCUACUGGCAGAGGAAAGAGAAAUGUUAUCGGAAAAUUUAUCUGAUUCAGACGACUUUGACGACACUUCAACCGAUAGCGGCGGAAAAGAGUGCGGCGGGUUUAAAAUCCGUAGAUCUGAAGAACUGUUGUAUAUUCCAAAGGUUGAAGAAGGGAGUGAUGAAAGAGAUGAAGUAAAAACUGAUGACGAUGUUGACACAGUUAAAAAUGAGUCUGAAGCAUCAGAUGAUAAUAAAACUGUAGAUUCAGAAUCAGACGUCAUCGUCCACCACUCAUAGGUUUGUUUUGGGUAUCAGUUUCUGUUAGCUUGAUGCUGGAAGUAAAACAUUGUAUUUUUUCUAUGACCAUAUUUAUCUCUUAGUAAAUAAGGAGUAUUUUUGCUAUUAACAUAGACAUCUAUACAUACUAUAAACAUUUAUAAGAUCUAUAAUGUAUAGGCUUUUUAUAGAAUGUUAUAUUUAGAAUGAACAUUGAAUUUUAAGUAGAAAACUAUAUCCAGCACCUCUUAAGGAAAAACUUAUUUUUUAUGUGGUCGUAGGAAAAAUCUUUUAAAUGUACCUGUAUUAGUUCCUUUUUGUUGUUUUGUGAUGUUUUCUGUUAGUGAUUUUUGUUGAUUAUGUAUUAACGUAUCGUCCUAUCCUUUGUCUAUAUAUAUGAAGUCCAUAGAAAGCACAUCUUGAUAGUCGAUGAGAAUAUUUUUAAAACGGCCUACUAUAACGUUUCAGAUAGUGAUAUUAAAAUGUUA